AUGACGCGGAGGGGAAGGAAUUGGCUGAACAACGAAGUGAUCAACUUCUACAUGAACCUCAUCAUCCAACGGGGCAUAAAUGCCAAGUUUCCCAGCGUACGGCUACUCCUCUGGACGCGAAAUGUCGAUGUCUUCUCGCACGAUCUGAUUUGCGUUACCAUCCACAUGAGAAUGCACUGGUGCAUGGCCAUAAUCGAUUUCCGGUCAAACUUUAUCGGCUAUUACGACAGCAUGGGUACCACCAAUAAGAAGUGCGGGUUCGACGCAUCCGACUGGAAGUUGAGAUGCAUACGAGACAUUCCGCAGCAGAUGAACGGUAGCGAUUGCAGCAUGUUCUCCUGCACCUACGCCGAGUUUCUAAGUUGCAACGCACAGUUGACAUUCAGCCAAGAAGACAUGUAGUAUCUGCGGAGGAAAAUGUUCGUAUAG